AUGAGGAGAUGGCGAGUGUGUCAGGACCUUAGGUCCAGCCCCUCUGAGGAAGACGCCUUAACAAAUCAUUACCAAAUACUAACAUCCCUUGGCCAAGGAGCAUUUGGAGAAGUCCGAUUGGCUAGCCAUCUGCUCACCCACACAAAGGUAGCAGUAAAACGUCUCCCCAAAAGCAGGAGAAACCCCAUCUUCAAAUCCGAAAUCGAAAUCAUGAAAUCCCUCAAUCAUCCACAUAUUAUUAAACUUUUACACAUAAUCGAGACCACCGAAAACAUCUACAUCGUUCUGGAGCAUGCUGUGGGAGGAGAGCUGCACAGCAGAAUUGUGGACUUUGGGUACCUAGCAGAGGAGGAGUGUCACAGGCUGUUCAAACAGAUUGUGUGUGCCCUUCAGUACUGUCACCAGAAAGGGAUAGUCCACAGGGAUUUAAAGCCAGAAAACAUUUUAUUGGACCGAAAAGGAAAUGUAAAACUGAUUGAUUUUGGAUUGAGUACCAAGAUAAUCACUGGCCAGAAGCUCUCAACGUUCUGUGGGACCCUCCCUUACUGUGCCCCAGAACUGUUUAUAGAUCAAGGGUACGAUGGCCGGGCAAUUGACAUCUGGAGUUUGGGGGUCGUACUAUACUUUAUGUCCACGGGGUGCCUCCCUUUCGAUGGAUAUACUUAUGAAGCAAUAAAGGAGAAGAUCUUGGGAGGAAAAUACUCUAUGAAGUUCAGGUUGUCAGCAGAACUUUGGGAUGUGAUAGCCAAACUGUUAACAGUCAACCCUGGAGAAAGGCCAACAGUCCACGACAUAGUCAGAUUCAAGUGGCUAAAGCAGAGCAAUGAAGCUUCUCCUGGUUCUUUGGGAGAGAACACCAACAGCCAUCCUGAUCCCAUUAUAAUAGACAUCAUGAGUGACCUGGGAUAUAAUCCAGGAGAGAUAAGGGAAAGUUUGCAAGAAAAAAAAUUCGACCAGGUGAUGGCUACUUAUUUAAUGCUCAAGCAACAGUCCCACCGGGAAGAGAAGUCAACC